AUGACGGAGAUGAAUGCUUCCUGGUCGCGUAAAGGAGGACUGUUACAUCCAAGCAGUAGCGAGUACGCCCCAAUCCGUUUCCGCUCGCGCGCUAUUGCUGCCUCGUUGCUGCUCUGGUCUCCUAAUGGCGCCAACGGUGUGCCAAUAUCGGGGAACGCUGAAGUGGAGCGAGCGGACGAUGGCUGGCACUGGGUGGCCACCUGGACAUCCAUGCCGCAACUGGUGGAGCAGAGCAAUAUGCCGCCGUCACCAUUCACAGGAGGCGGCGGGGUCUUCCGGGACGCCACCCUGCGUCAGACACUGCAUCUGUCCAUCGGCGGAGAGCGGCUGCGCAUCCAGAUCAGCAACACGUUCGGCGGCAGCGACCUUCCCAUCAGCGCGGCAUCCGUCGCCCUGCCCACAGGUGGCAAGGCCGGUGUUCCGGGCGUCGACUCCUCCACGCUUAAGCCCCUGACCUUCCGCAACGGUUCCGCGUCCAUCACGAUCCCACGAGGUCAGGUCGCCUACACCGACCCGAUCGACUUUAGGGUCGACCCGCAAAGCAACAUCGCCAUUACGCUCUACUCACAAGCAGGCCAGUCCGGCAACAGCAUCACAGGGCACCCGGGCAGCCGCACCACCUCGCACAUGCAAUCCGGCAACCGUGUCAGCGCAGCCACGCUGUCGGGCGGCGGCAACACCAAGCACUGGUACUUCCUCAGCGCCGUAGAAGCCUGGUCACCGCCCACAACCUCGGCGCUCGUCAUCCUGGGCGACAGCAUCACGGACGGACGGGGCAGCACCGACGACGCCAACAACCGGUGGCCGGACCUGCUGCUGGCGCGGAUGCAAAAGGACGGCGCGAGCGGGGGAGGCGGCACUACCACCACCAAGCUCAGCCAGAUCUCGGUGUGCAACCAGGCAGCGGGGGGCAACACAGUGCUGUCGGGCGGGCUGGGGCCGACAUUGCUGUCGCGGUACAAGCGCGACGCGCUGCAGGUGGCCGGGGUGAGGUAUGUAAUGGUGUUUGAAGGAGUCAACGACAUCGGGUCGGGUGGGACGGAUUCCGGGUCGCAGAACGGGAUCGCGAGCCGGCUGCAGCAGGCAUUUCAGCAGAUUGUGCGCGACUGCAAGGCGGCCGGGUUGAAGACGAUCGGGGCCACCAUCACGCCGUUCGGCGGGAACGGGCAGGCGUAUUCGAAUCCGACGCGGGAGCAGACGCGCGUGAAAGUGAACGACUGGAUCCUCAAGAGCGGCGCGUUCGACAAGACGGUCGAUUUCGCGGGCAUGGUGGCCGACUCGGCGGCCAAGAGUCAGCUGGCCAGCCAGUAUGACGGCGGUGACCAUCUUCAUCUUAAUGUGGCGGGAUAUCAGGCUAUGGCCAAUGGGUUUCCAUUGGGUGUGUUUGAGUAGAGCAGCGGAAGAGAGUGAAAAUCAUGGUAUGAGACGCCAGAUAUUCAGAGGGGUGAUUCCUCCUGUGAUGUCGUACUGGGUUCCUAGCCCGACGGACUCGUCAUAGUUUUGAAAGCAAACUCUUCCAAACCAGGACGAUAACGUCCUAUUAGAGGCUCCGGAGGAGGGCUGGGUGGAAGCGGGAGUCUGUCGCUCUUGCAUGGCGGGAGUGUCCGGUACGACGAUAAAAGAACGUUGUAUUUGCUUCCAUUCCCAACAGACGGUCAAGGUGGUUGAUGACCUCGAAUUAUAUCAUUGCGAGGAUCAAACGGAUGCGAACGGCAUUGCUCUGCUCUGCUUGUAUCGAGUGGAAAGCAGUGGAAGAAAAGAAGAG